GUAACGGGAGCUUCGUGCAGAGAGGAAGUAACUGUUUACUCUCUCUCUCUCUCUCUCUCUCUCCAAUAACGCAAACCAGGUGGAAGCUCCACAGCGCAGCAGAGGAAAACGACAUCUGAUCUCGCUUUUCUGCUCAUGGAAUAAGUUUUACAGUCGCACUGAGAGAUUGUGGACCCGCGUUUAAUCCUGGUCUUUACUUUUCCUGCCGUUUUGUUUUGGCCGGAGCUCAGGAGCGCAGUUUUGGAUCAGAGAGAGAGAGAGAGAGAGAGGCGGUGCUGGAGUUCCGUUACUCGGCAGCUCCUGGGGAAACAGAAGAAAGAGCGCUUUUUACCCGUUUCCCCCCACAAGCUCGCCAUGUCCACCCUGCAGGCUGUUCCACACUGCGUGACGAUGUGGCCUGGCUGUUGAACAGCGCGCUUUGCCUUUGGCGAUUAGAUUUCUUUUUCCUUCUCCACAGAAAGUUUGACUGCAGCUCUGAAAGUUUGAUGGUUUCCUAAACCGUCUGCCUGCCCUGUCCCCACCAUCCUGAGCGCAUCGGUGAUCUUAUAGAUAGAAGGAUGCAAGAGCGACUCUAACACCGUCCCAUCCAUGGUACCCCAUGUGUCUGGGCAUCGGGAUGCUGCUGCGCCGGAUCCUGGGGGUCGGGACGCUGAAGCGCACAUGGCGCACAGCUCCGCUUGUGCUGGUGGGGCUCGCUGUGUUUCUUAUCUACCACAGCUCUGUGGUGAACCGGACAGGCUUCAGACCUGGACAGGAGGACCAAAAGAACAAAUCUGGCAUCAGGGACCGCACAGUGCUUCUCAAGAACCCAGAGGAGCUUGUCCCUUUACUGGAAGCAUGGCAUGAUCACAAUGAAGUACACUGGUCUAAAAGGAGCUGUGCAGGCAAGGCUGUCAUGUUGACAGGACAGCACGUCCCCUCAGACACGGAGGUGCAGCUUUAUCACAGAGUCCUCCAGGAGCAGGGAUACCGUGUCAACCAGGGACGCUAUGCUGAGACCAGUGCCACCCUCACACACAACAGUAGAGAUGGUCAGGAAUGGUCUCUCUUGAUUUGUCUCAAAGGAACAGAAAAAAGUUGCCUCAGAAAAAUCAACUUUGCCCAUUCUCAACCGUACCAGAGGGUCAACAUUAUACCAGCGUUUGUUGGGGCUUUCAUGGACAUGGGCGGAGUCUGUCGAUUUCUUAUGGACGACCGGUUGUCAGACGUGUCAUUACCCAUAAUUCCAUCUGCGUGCGCUUCUUUUGGACCAGACCUUGGAGGAAAUCAGCACACUGAACAUAUCUGGGGCCAAGUUCCGCAGUCAGGCGCUCCAGCCAGUCAGCAUCUGGUGGCCUUAGUGAAAGUAUAUGUCUUGGUUACAUCAGCGACGCCACUCACUGCAUUCCUGCAUCGUACCGGAUUGGUCAGGACUGAUCUGGACGAACAUAGUUAUAUUACUAAGUUGCAGUCCUUCUUUACAAAUAGGCUGGAUCCUACUGCGGCUCUCCAGGCUUCUGAACUCAUGAAGCAAGUCAUCAGUGAAAUUCUAACAACUGCUGACUUAACCGCAGCCGACUCCAGCUCUCCACCUAGGUGUUCAUUGUGUUUUCAGUUAAUGACCUUCACACUGCAUUACAAUGCUUCUGUGCAUCCUGUAGUGGUUAAGGUGCAGACUGACUUGCACUUUGACGGCAUUAAAGAUCCAAAGUUUGAUGGGCAGAUCACCAAAGAGUACAUGUUAGAAGAUAUGCUGAAGCUCCUCUUCCCAGCGUGUGGCAGUGAGGACAGAUCUCCUCAAAGUACUCAGGAUACAGAGGAAAUCAAGGACAGUGGUUGUGAGCUGGCAAGUGGUUUGUGCUUAACAUCAGAUAAAAUGCAGUUCCUGCUUCAAUUUCAUCAGCAGCUCAAGCGAUCUGGCAGCUUUCAUCUGCUCUAUCCCAGGUCAUCUCAAGUCUCCAAUCUCCAAUAUGAUGUUAUUCAAAGAUUCCCUGCUGCAAAGGAUUCUGGGAGUGCACCGAGUCUCUCAGGCCUGGUCCAGCAACUUAGCUCAUUUUUCACACAGAGCAGUGAUGAUCCGGACAGGGUGGAGAAGUGGGAUUCACAGCCACUACAAUCAGGGAGGUGUUUGGAGCCCCAUCUCCGUCAGAUAUAUACCGAUCCUCCUCUGGUUCUAGCACCACUCUUUAACCCCUGGGUGAAGGAGUACAGAGCUGAGGUACCGUUUGAUGUGGUCACUAUCCGAAUCAGGCCGGAGCCUGUAAACACAAAGUGCAACGUUCACCUGGAUGAACAUCAUGGCCCCAGAAUGGCGAACUACCCGCUCGGUCUGGGCAACAGCCGCAUCAACAUUCUGCUGAUGGACGAGUCAGGGGAGGAGCCUGUUGUCAUGACGAUAUACACUCUGCACAUAUUCCGGGAGAGCCGGCCCAGCCUGCCGAUGUUUGACGAGUAUGUGAUGUGCGGCUUCAUACAGGACUGUGGCCUGGUGGUCAGACCUGAUCAACCCUGUGGCAUAGAGCCUGUUUCUGAUCUCAAAUCAUCUCAGCCUUGUUCUUCAGGCGAUGAACCCGGGCGCUGGGUGGUGCCAUGCCUAAGCUGUUCAGACAAUAGGACAUGUGAUUGGCGGGAAGUUGCCUGGCAACCAGACAGCUGUUACCACCCUGUAUUGGAGCAGCCACAGCUACAGCGAUGCAUGAUGGACAAAAAGGUCCUGUUCAUCGGCGAUUCUACUAACCGCGGGAUGAUGUUCUACCUGAUGGAGAGAGUAAACACUACACUAGAGGAUUGGGACAAGGCUCAUGACACCAUCAUCUACCACAACCUGAACCAGGGCAGAACGCUCAUCAGCUACUCGUACUACCCCCAGUUCUGGCUACACAAAAACCAGAGACCCACUUUUCAGCAAGCGCUGGAGCAGCUGAUAGAAAGGUCACGACCUCUAGAAAACUCCCCUCAGACAGUGCUGGUUGCUGGAGGGGUCCAGUGGCUCAGUCUGGAGCAUCUGAGGACCAUGCAGCAGGUUCUAGAGAGAGAGAAUUUGCAGAACAUCAUGGUGGUGGUGAAGUCUUUAGGAAUGGGGUUUCAUCUGCCAGUGGACGGCAUUCGCUCGCUCUCUCUGAAUGGAGUGCAGGACCUCUACAGUGUGAACAAAAACAUUCUGGAAAGUGCGAAACGCCUGAGGUACGAGGUGAUCGACACAUUCGGCAUCACCAUGGGCCGCUAUAAGGAGUUUCUCCAGGGCCGCUGUGCCUGCCAUUUCCAUGAGGUUGGUAAGCUGUCACCUCCCACCGUGCCUGCCCACAAAAGGCUGCAGCUCCUGAGCCAUACUGGAGAGAGUGUGAGUGUGACUAGCACGAGGCCAGAGCCGUCGUCUCGGCCCGGCUCAUCCUACCACGUGAAGGGAGCAGUGAACCAAGUGUACUCCGAGAUCCUGCUCAGCCGAGUGUGCAUGCCUUACAUCCAUAACGGGACCAGUAACCAGCACUGACAGGGACUUAUCGAGCUGUUAGCUGGUGUGAAUAAAGUGUGUGUGUUGGGAGUGUGUUGUCAGUCGAGCCAUGAGAUGUAUAUAAUUGUAAGAAAUAAGAGCAUUAUUUUCAGUGGCUUUAGUGUUCUAGUGCAGUAAAAGUGAGAGGUGAGGAGUUUGUGUGUACGUGUUUGUGUGUUUGUGUGCGCGCGUGUGCGUGUGUUUUAUGUCUUCCAGAACGACUUCAGCAGCUGCACCUUAGUUCCAGAGUGUGACACUGGUCGAAGCUGACCGUGAAACCUUUCCACAACGUCCAUAUAAUGUUCCUAUUAUGUUUCUGGAAGAGUUUCAUAGUUUUCCAGGAGUGCCUUUGAUGUCGCAUGGCAUCGGAUCGUCACUUUCAUGGAAGCUCGGGUGACUCUGAAGUCUCGCGGUUAACCCCUAGCUUCAAACCUUCCAAUCCCUUGCAAGCUGCGUUUAAGCCAAAGGUCUUAUGAAGAUUACAUAUACCUCACAUUUCUAUAGCCCAUAUAUUUUUUUACAGAUGUCUUUUAUUUCCAUGCCUUUAAUGGCCAAUGUAAUAUAAUCAGUGUAAAAUAUUUUGCACAUGCUGAUAUAUAUAUCUGUAUAUGUAUAUGUAUAUGUAUAUGAAAAAAGCUGUAUUGUUUUAAGUUAAAUAUUUCUACUUUAUCUUGGAAAGCUGGCAUGCCUGUCUUCAUUUCCUCACAUUUAUAUUUACACAUUAAGGAACAUUAUCUGCUCUCUAGAAUCACUGCAAUGCGAUUAAAGUUAUUUGAACGUAAUUUAUUACUAUCACAUCUAGCAGCUAUUCUGGUCCGUGAGGGUUAUUUCUAAAUGCAGUGGAAUUUCUUAAUAGCCUGAUGCUAUUUUAAACUGCAGGUUAAAUGCAUGAAGUGAAAAUCCUCAAUUUAGGAGUUAAUGUGAAGUAAUUUUUACUUUCUUGUUUAUUUUAUUAUGUCCAGGAAUAUAAAUGAUCAUUGGUAUUGCCAUAGUGGAGCCAGUAUUCAGCCAGUAUUAUUAUUUUUUGUUUGAAGAAAAGUAUACCUUUAUAUAUGGUUAUAAAUGUAAAACUGAAAGGUAGUUGAUUUUCAUGUUGUGAUAAAGAAUUUUUCAAACCGUUUACUUUUUAAAAUUGCUUUCCAUCAAGAAAGUUAUAUGUAUAUAAUUUUGUGCUAUAAUAAUGCAUUUAAUAUGUAUCAGCACUGUUUAAUAAUUAAAUUAAACCUGGUUUGUUACCUAAACACGUUAAGAGGGUGGGUGUGGACGUUUCUUUCUCUGGUUUUUCUUUCUUUCAUUUUUUUUCUUUCUUUCUUAAAUAAAAUUCUAUAAUUUUAAUUGACCAAGGUUGAUCAGAAUGUAUAGAGAUUGCUUAUAGGAAAAGCCAACAUGAACAUAUAUAUUAAUUUUAUAAAAUAGGAAAUGCUUUAUUAUACAUGUGUAUAACUUUGACAAAUGUUUCACAACAUGAUAUAUAAAAAUAAUAACUAAAUUAUUAUAGAAAAAAUUGCAAAAUCUGAACAAAUUAUUAGGCGGCUUCA